AUGAUUGUUUUCUGUUUGGUUCGCAUUCCUAUCGAAGCUGCGAUCCCAGCAACGAAUAAUAUUAAACUAAAUAAAAACCACCCGGAGACGCUCAAAGGACCAAGCUAUUCUUCAUACUCCACCGUCUUACAAAAACAAAAUGUGCCUGAUAAAUACCAAAAGUGCUGGUUCGAAUCCGUUGAAUGUGUAGCGCGCCAGUGUCUUCGUCACAAACUAACAAUUACUGGAGUUCAAAUGCGAACAAACGUAAUGGCUUCAUAUGGUGCAACUGCUUGUGGCCUGCUGAAAGCCAAAUCACGAGGAUUGUGGACGGAUGGUACAUUUCAGAGCUGCUUCGUUCUCAGUAGUUUGGAGGUAGCGCAAAACCUAUACGCCAUAGUCUUUCGCAUUGUCGUAUUUAGUGAAAAAUUAAAGGACUACCAUGAGGAUAUGCAAUAUUUUGCAAAGACAGCAUUGGUCAAUUCGCGGUUAAACAACGGCCAAAAUUACUGCCACACCAUAACAGGGAGAGAAUGGAUGGAACCUGUUCCUACAAUAGAUACUGAGUAUUGUGCAACAACCUGUGCAAUCGCUUAUUGGAUGUGA